AUGUCUGUCUACGCUAAAGACUCUUGUGAGUAUGGUCUCUUCCCAUCUCCAGUCCGCAAGUCCCUCAUCAGCAGCAUCACACGCAUGAUCGACAGUUCCCUGCUCAGUGCUGGGGAUGAUCCCUUCAUUUCAGACCCCGGACCUAGCUCUGAGCUUCCUGCGACGCUUUCUCUAUACAAGUUCCCCCCAGACACCAAAGAGAACAAAAAUGGGCGUCUCUUUCCCUCGCCUCUCAGAAUCAGAAAGCCCUCUGUUGAUAUCACAACCUCCAGCAACGCUGCUGCAACAACCAAAGAUCACACAAGCAAGUCAAUCCUUCGGUCAGAAUUCUCAAAUAGAUCCCUUCCACCUCCGCUGCCGCUCAGGAUUGUUUCCGCCAGUCGUCUAAACACCGAUAACCAGCGGCCAAAUAAUGCUUUUCUGCCAAAGCCUUUUCUUUCUAAACACACCAACACAAAUACCACAAAGGCGCAGAAGAUUACAAGCAAGCAUUGUGAACCAAUAUCUUUUGCUGGUGCGCCAGUGAUCUCCCGGUUCAACAAUAACAUCGAGUUCCUGCGGUCUCAGAUUACUUCAAGUAUUACUUCACUGCAAUCCCAAGUCGAUCACAUCACGGAGCUGCAGCAGACCCGUCGUGCCCGAAACAUGCAACGCUGUGCAUCGUUCUGGACAUUCAGCCCUGUGACUCAGCAUGAUUUAUCUGACCAAAUGGAGGAUGAUGGCUGUGAAAAGAUAGUGGACUACUUUGGGCAGCCGCUGCGGAAGGAGAGCAAAGAACAGCGCAUCACCCGCCUCCGGGCCGAAGGCUGGCGUACGGUUGGAUUACGCUCUUAUCGUAGUACUUGGAAGGGUGCCGAGUAUUAUCAGGAGUACUGCAAUGCUGUUUUGGAUGAGCUUUACCUGGAUUCGUGA